GAUGCUGCCUGGGCGCGACUCCUGCUGGUGGCCUGUCUUCUCGUGGCUAUCGAGGUCAUGAUUCAGUCCCAGUGUGAUGUGCGAGCAAAGAGACAGACUCAUGUGACUAGCCCAGCGAUGCUGCCCGGACCCUGGAGCACCUGCUUGGUGUCUCCUGUCCUAUCCCUAGCUCUGCCUCUCCCUGACACACUCCACCUCGCUUAUCUUGGGGUGGGUUUGACCAUGGUCUGUGUGGAUGACAUGGUGCUGGCCGCCUCUGCGAGGGCCCAUGGCCCAGCCAAGUCUCCAUGGCUAAAGGAGGUUGGAUGUAAGCAGGCAAAUGAGCGAAUUAGCCAUUGCACUAGGAAUCGAGGGCUUUCUACCCUGCCAUGGCUAGGGAAGGACAGCACUGUCUUCUCCCACACUCAGGCUUCCCCUCGCUAGAUCCCAGUAAAAUCCAGAGCCGUGUCUCCACCAGGAGUUUGGGCUAAUGCAGGCAGCUCUCUCCUCGUACUGCUACACCCACUGGGCAGUGAAGACUCCCCAAGUCCCUUCCCUGUUUGGUGGCUGUGCCCUGGCUCAGUGGGCCUGUCAUGCCCCUGGCGUGUGGAUGAGCUGCCUUGGACUGGACCUGGAAUGGCCCAGGCAGUUUGCUGUGAGGCCGAGCUGUGUGACCAGCAUUUUCUGGAGCAAGGGUUCUCGCCCAAGGAUGUGGUCUCUCCUGCCAUUGUGGCUGGCGCUGUCCGGAGCAGUGGCCUCCCUGCGGUGCCCCGAUGGGCAGCUGUGCCAGGAGCUUGACGUCUGCUGCCAGGAUCCCGGAGGGGACGGCUACACCUGCUGCUCCCCAUCUCUGGGCUCCCUGCACUCCCUGCCUAUGACCCAGGCCAGCGGCGUGGCCAAGCCUGCCGGGACCGUGUGCCCCGAUGGUACCCAGUGCCCCGCGGAAUACAGCUGCCUGCGCACGCCGGCCGGCUCCUUCAGCUGCUGCCCAUUGUCGGAGGCCAUCGCCUGCGCCGACAGGCAUCACUGCUGCCCCCGGGGGUCCCACUGCAGUGCCGACGGCAGAUCCUGCUUUGUGCUCCCAGGUCUCCCCGCCGCUGGUGCUGUCCAGUGCCCUGAUGGCGAAUCAGAGUGUCCCAAUGAGUCCACCUGCUGCUUGAUGCCCACUGGCUCCUGGGGGUGCUGCCCCAUGCCACAGGCCGCCUGCUGCGCGGACAAGGUGCACUGCUGCCCUCACGCCACCACCUGCGACCUGGAACAUGCCCGCUGCCUCUCAGCCACUGGGGAGCAGCCCCUGGGCAGCAAGGUGCCAGCCUGGAAGCGAGCACCAUGGCAGGGAGUGCCAGUCUCACAUGGCGUGAUCACCUGCCCCGACCACCAGUCAGUGUGUCGGGAUGGCACCACCUGCUGCCAGCUGCCUACCGGCCAGUACGGCUGCUGCCCACUGCAGAACGCCGUGUGCUGCAGCGAUCGCCUGCACUGCUGCCCCCAGGGCACCACCUGCGACCUGCACCACUCAAAAUGUGCCUCGACGCUGGGCCAGAUGCAGCCUCUCACCCGGCUCCUGGACGCCUCUGAGGGAGCUCGAGAGGUUCCCUGCGACCAGCAGACCAGCUGUCCUGACCGCAGCACCUGCUGCAGGCAGAGCACAGGGGCCUGGGCCUGCUGCCCCCUCGUGGAGGCCGUGUGCUGCCCAGAUCACGUCCAUUGCUGCCCCAAGGGAUACACGUGCGACCCGGCGGAGGGCAGCUGCCAUCCGCCCGCUGUCUCCGUCCCCUGGCUGGAGAAAACCCCGGCGCGAGUGCGAGCGCCCUCUAGGGGCCGAGAUGUGCAGUGCGACCAGCAGACCAGCUGUCCUGACGGCAACACCUGCUGCAGGCUGAGCACAGGGGCCUGGGGCUGCUGCCCCCUGGUGGAGGCCAUGUGCUGCCCAGAUCACAUCCAUUGCUGCCCCAAGGGAUACACGUGCGACCCGGCGGAGGGCAGCUGCCAUCCGCCCGCUGUCUCCGUCCCCUGGCUGGAGAAAUCCCCGGCGCGAGUGCGAGCGCCCUCUAGGGGCCGAGAUGUGCAGUGCGACCAGCAGACCAGCUGUCCUGACGGCAGCACCUGCUGCAGGCUGAGCACAGGGGCCUGGGGCUGCUGCCCCCUGGUGGAGGCCGUGUGCUGCCCAGAUCACGUCCAUUGCUGCCCCAAGGGAUACACGUGCGACCCGGCGGAGGGCAGCUGCCAUCCACCUGCUGUCUCCAUCCCCUGGCUGGAGAAAUCCCCGGCGCGAGUGCGAGCGCCCUCUAGGGGCCGAGAUGUGCAGUGCGACCAGCAGACCAGCUGUCCUGAUGGCAACACCUGCUGCAGGCUGAGCACAGGGGCCUGGGGCUGCUGCCCCCUGGUGGAGGCCUUGUGCUGCCAGGACCACAUCCAUUGCUGCCCCAAAGGAUACACGUGCAACCCGGCGGAGGGCAGCUGCCAGCAGGCCCUGCUCUCUGUGCCCUGGGCACCCAAGUCUCCAGCUCACAUUAUUGGUGCCGCCCAGAGCCGAAGCGUGAAGUGCAACCAGACGGUCAGCUGCGAGGACGGGCAGACCUGCUGCAAGAGCGAGAUGGGCUCCUGGGCCUGCUGCCAUCUGCCAAAUGCUGUGUGCUGUGAGGAUCACCAGCACUGCUGCCCGUGGGGCUACACCUGCAACCUGGCCACACAGAGCUGUGAGAAGCACCAGGCCAGGCGGGUGCUGCCCGUGGGCCUGAGCCUCUCCGCCUCCCUGCUGCCUGCCAGCCCAGAGCCCAGCAACGAUGUGACCUGCGAUGCCCAGCACUACUGCCAUGCCCACCAGACCUGCUGCAAGGCUGCCACGGGCACCUGGGCUUGCUGCCCCUACCGUAGGGGCUCCUGCUGCUCCGACAAGCGCCACUGCUGCCCCUGGGGCUACCGAUGCUCCAAGUCGGGCCUCGACUGCAAGCGGCGCUGGCCCCCGCGUUGGGACGCCGGCACCCCCCAGCUCCACCAGCUGCUGUGAGGUGCCUGUGGGGGCACUUCCAGGCCAACCCAGCACUGAGGAGGGAGUGGGGAUCGCUCUGACCUCUGUGUCUGUCUCACUUCCAGCCUCGGGGCCCUUUUCUUUGGCUGCCCCAGGGCAUGCAGACCCUAUUCUCUGCAGGACCUGUCCCACCCAGCCCCCCUGGAGCUACGUACGUGGGCCUAAGCUCUCCCGCCCCCCUUACUGUGGGAGUUUAACCUCAGAUGCAGCAGUGUGGGCGCACGUAUCUGGGUGCUUUGUCCUCUGCUCCCAUUGCUACUGCCACCCCCCAAAGGUCCAGUAGGCACCAGGAGUGCCCCUUUCCUGCUGGAGGCCUGAAGGUUAAGGGUCCCUCCUCCCCUGCCUCUAGCCUCUUCUCCUUUUGUGGGUGCCUUGAAGCAGGGCUGGGCCUGGCCAGGCCUUGCUCCCCCACCAUGUGGGAGCCAGGGACACUGUAGGGCCAGGGAAGCUGGGCUGCUUUGCUUUCUACACCCCUGGGGGCAGCUGCAUCUCCCUCCAUUUUUCCCUGGCAGGCAGGCCCCUCCCUGCCUCCUGUUGUGCUGGAUGUGAAAGGCGGGGCUAGGAAGGCAGCAGGGGCUGGAACAUGGGCACUGCAGAGUCCAGCUCCUGGUGCCCUCCUGCCUCAGUCCUGGAAUGUGCAUGGCCCUGAGCUCCUGCCUGCUGGGCACUCACCCUUAGUCUAGUUCCCCUAUUCAGGGGUUUCUGCUGCCUGCCCAGCCCCUGCCCCUGCCCCCUUCCCAGCUGCCCUGAGAGCCCAGGGCUGGACUGGCACCAUGCCCUCUGCUCACCCACUCCUGUGCCUCUAAGAGUGCUCCACCUGUAGCUGGAGCCUGUGCCAGGAAGUGGGGGCCUGGUGCCAUUUGGGCUGAAGUGGCUGGAAGAGAGAGAGAACCAAUAAAGGGUGUGGAGAAAGGUG